ACUUUUGGGAUGAAAAAUAAAAACAAAUCCGCAAAAGUCAAAGCAGAGGUAGCCAAGCUGCAGGCGCAAGCCGCCAUGACAGGCAAAUCGCGCGAAACCGUAGAAAAGGAGAAAGAGAAAGCCUUGCGCGCAAAGGAGAAACUCGAGGAGGAGAAGCGGGCCAAGGAGGAAGCGGCCCUGCUGAAGCCCGUACAGACGCAGAAGGUGCCGUUCGGUGUUGACCCAAAGACGGUGCUGUGCGCGUUUUAUAAGGCUGGUAACUGUGAGAAGGGGAACAAGUGCAAGUUCAGUCACGAUGUGAAUGUAGGGAGGAAGGUGGAGAAGAAGAACUUGUAUGCGGAUAGCCGGGAGGAGAAGCUGGAGGAUACGAUGGAAAAUUGGGACGAGGAAAAGUUGAGAAGCGUCGUGCUCUCGAAAGCGGGCAACCCACGAACUACGACUGAUAUCGUAUGCAAACACUUUAUCCAAGCCAUCGAGUCACAAAAAUUCGGGUGGUUCUGGGAGUGCCCUAAUGGCGAGAACUGCCAGUACCGCCAUGCACUACCGCCAGGCUUCGUCCUGAAAUCGCAGAAGAAAGCUGCCGAGGAUGCGGCCAAGGCGAAGGUCAUAAGUCUGGAAGAGUUCUUGGAGGUCGAGCGACAUAAACUGGGGACCAAUCUCACACCUGUGACACCUGAAACGUUUGCGAAAUGGAAGAAGACACGCAUGGACAAGAAGGAGGCUGAGGCUGAAGCGCUGAAGAGGGCAAAGGAGACUCAAAACACAGCAGGCAAGAGCAGCGGCAUGAGUGGAAGAGACCUGUUCCAAUACAACCCAGAAUGGUUCGAAGACGAAGACGAGGGUGACGCCUCGGAUGACUGGGAUCUCUCGAAGUACAGACGCGAGAAAGAAGCAGAGGAUUUGGCUGCGGAGGAACUCCGGAUCGCUAGCCUAGGUUUUCAGGACGGAUUCCUUAACGGUGAAGCGGCAGGAAGUGGUGGCGGCAGGGAGUGA